UGCGAUAUCUACAGUGUCCGGGACCAUAAAUUGGUCCACUGGUAGCAAGCUCUGCCACCAUGAGGCUCUUACCUACCGCAGCUGUGCUUUGCGGCUUUUUGACUCCUUCAAUCUCCGGGGUCCUUGCCACGACUGCCAAUUCCACCACACACACCUCAUCGCGAUUGAUAUUAUCGAACGAUUUCAGCCCUCCCAAAGUGUUCAAGAACAUCAAUCUCCUCAGAAAUAUAAAUCUUGAAAAAGGUUACGUGCGGGAAACUGUCAAUGUCGUGAUAGAGAACACUGCCAAGGAGCCGCAGGAGCAGUACUUCAUCCCUUUCGCAUCAGAUGUGAUAGUGGGGGGACUAGAAGUGCGUGAUAAGAAUGCGCCAUCGGCUGGCAAGUUUCUGGUGGAGGCCACGGAGGUGUUGCAGUCGAGCCCCAACCAAUACUUCGUCGUUCACUUCCCGGAGUCACUGAAAGCGUCCUCUCAAAUCACCCUGAGCAUAUCCUACUACAUCCUGCAAGCUCUGGCUCCGCUCCCUGCAGCUAUUGAGCAAGACGCUAAACAAUACCUCUCAUACUCGUUUCCCGUCUACGCCCCAUCCGCUUACACAACCGACAACCAGAAGACAAAGAUCAAAUUCCCCAGCUCCAAUGUGCCGGAUUAUACGGAGACUUCUGGCCUGAAAUCCGGCGCUGACCCAGAUCGACAAGGGAGCACCUACACGUAUGGACCGUACAAGACCUCCAAAAUAUCCACCGGCGCCACGGUGCCUAUGAUAACUGUCCGCUACGAAUUCACCAAACCAGUCAUAACCUGCUCCCUCCUCGAGCGAGACAUCGAAAUCUCGCACUGGGGUAGCAACCUUGCAACAGAGGAGCGUCUCUGGCUCCGCAAUGACGGUGCCAAGCUCUCAAAACACUUCUCCCGCGUCGGGUGGGCUAUGAGAAACUACCACAACCUUCCCACAUCCGCAAUGAGUGACCUGCGCAUCCCAUUACUCCCAGGCUCCGUCGAUGCUUAUUUCACCGACGACAUUGGCAACGUCUCAACAAGCCGCUUCCGCCCAGGUGUGAAAAACCGUGAAGCGCUGCUGGAGCUCAAGCCGCGCUACCCCGUUUUUGGUGGGUGGAAGUAUAGUUUCCGCAUUGGCUGGAACAAUGGGUUGUCAUCGUUCCUGCGCAAGGCUGGUGGGGAGUCGUAUGUGCUCAAGCUACCAUUCCUGGAGGGCCCAAAGGUGCCCGAGGGAGUGCAAUACGAGAAAAUCCAGUUGCGCGUGAUCCUACCUGAAGGCGCGCGUUCUGUAAAGUAUGAGCUAGUUGAUGGGGUUGGGAUGCCGUAUAUGGUUGAGUCGGAGCUCGGACUGCACAAGACGUUUAUGGACACCGUGGGGAGGACUGUUUUGACGUUGCGGACGACGAAUGUGGCAGAUGAGGCGCGGGAAGGUCAUAUUAUUGUGACAUACGACUAUCCGGCACUCGCGAUUCUCCGUAAACCACUGACGAUGGCGGCAGGUUUGUUCAGCGUAUUUGUGACUGUGUGGCUAGUGGGCAAUUUAGAUGUCAGCAUCAAGAAGCGGUAGGGGAAUCCGAGACGAAGAAAGAAAUAAUGAAGGUUUAACUUUUUUUUUUUUUUUCGUAUUUGCUAGACCUUUUUCUUGAUCAUGUCGUUUUUAUACAGGUACUUUGCUCAUAUUCCAGGGAUCAGUUAUAGCUGUUCUAAUUUUUAUUUUUGUACAUUUCUAAAAGUUCAAUUUCACUGGGAUAUUCACUUCAGCUCAAAGGAAAUUCGGGUCUGCUUAGUCUUCUUGCGUGUGGUUGUGCUUUUAUACUUGUUUUCCCGAUCUCCUGGUGACCUAGGUUGUAUCCAUUGUAACAUUGGUAGAAAGGGGGGGAGGGAGGUUGGGUUACAA